AAGAUAAGAGAACAAAUCGACGAAAGGUCAUUAUUAAACAAAAGAACUUGUGUUCGCUUCUCUCAUCGAAGGGUUUCAGAAGAAGCUUCACGAGUUAUUUGCUCUUUGGCUCUCGUUUUGAUCGAUAUCUCCUGGAUCCCAGUUUCCGAUUCGCCUUCCGGCAAGAGCUUCCGGCAUCUGUGACAAUCGGUGGAGAAAGGAAGUUCUUUGGAAUUGAACAUCUAGGGUUUUCCAGAUCUGAUUUUCAAUUUCAUCGAGAUUUUUCUCCUUGUUUGAUUUGAUCUAUUUUAUUUCGAUAAUUGAAGAAUAAUCAUCUGCCUUGUCAUCGCUUUUUAAAAUUCUCCUAGGGUUUUCUUAUCUGGGGUGUUUUGAUUCUCGCGAUAUUGGUGAUUUGGGGUUUUUUAUUCCUAUCGUGAUUUUUUUUUCAAUUGUUCAUUGAGAAGAAAAAUUCUGGUUAUUUAAUUACGAUGGCGGCAGGAGGAGUUGAAGUUUCGCGAAGUUCUGUUGCUAUUGAUCGUACUCGUGCUUUUAAUUCGCGUCAAGGUGGUAGAGACGGUGAGAGGCAUCAAACUAAAAGACCCAUUGAAGCUGAUCGCAGGAGGAGAGAUGGGCGACGUGAUUCACCCAAAGGACCACGUUUGGUUUCUCAAAGAGGAGAAGUUCGAGAGGAAUAUGGUGUUCAGAAGAGGAGGAAGUGUUCGCCUGCUGGAUGGGAGGGAAAAGAUAGAAUGGUUCGAGCUCCACUUAGUGAGAAGAUUAUAAAAACUAACCAAUUUGUCGAUGUGGCUACUACUAGGAAGAUAUCUUCUGAGGAUCAAGUUGGUGUUUUGUCACCAGAGCAUGUACCUUCAGUGUCAGUACUGCCGGUAGAAGCUCAACUGGAUGUGCAACAUCCGCUUGAUGAUCUCGAGGAAGGCCAGUUGGAGGAUGAUCGGCAGGUGGUUCAGGCACCUAAUAUUGCGACGUCUAAAUGGGCCACUGGUUUGGAAUCUCCAAAGGAUGAGGAGGAUGUAAUAACUGAUGUUGUCAGGAGUAGUAGAUGGAAUAGGAGCAGUUUGUCUCCUGAGAGUGGGGAAUUGUUAUCGGAAGCGUCUGAAGAACGGAGGUCCAGUUCAUCUGGGUCUGGUAGCGGACGUCCUAUUAGUGCCCGUGAACAUUCAGAACAUGAGUUGGGGAGUCGUAUUGAUAUGGAUGUUGGUGAAGCAGAAUGUUCUCCUCCUGAUUUUAGUGUGUCAGAAAUUGAUGAACCAGCUUCCCCGGAUGUAGGCUUGAGCAUGUUAGCGGGUAGUAGAGAUGUAAACGAAUAUCAGAAGCUAAGUAAGAUAAAUGAAGGCACUUAUGGGAUUGUUUACAAAGCAAAGGACAGGAAGACAGAUGAGAUAGUGGCACUCAAAAUGAUUAAGAUGAACAUGGAAGAUGAAUAUGGAUUCCCCUUGACAUCUCUGAGGGAAAUCAACAUUCUUUUGUCUUGCAAUCACCCAUCAAUCGUGAACGUCAAGGAAGUUGUGGUGGGAAACGGAGCUAGUGUUUUUAUGGUCAUGGAACACUUAGAACAUGAUUUACGGGGAGUGAUGGACAGAAUGAAGCAGCCUUUUAGCACCAGUGAGGUAAAAUGCCUGAUGAUACAGCUGUUGGAAGGUGUGAAAUACCUCCAUAGUAACUGGAUUAUCCACAGAGAUCUGAAGCCAUCGAAUCUUUUAUUAAACAACAGUGGGGAGCUGAAAAUAUGUGAUUUUGGCAUGGCUCGCCAAUAUGGGAGUCCUAUCAAGCCCUACACCCAAUUAGUUGUUACACAGUGGUACAGGUCCCCAGAACUUCUUCUAGGAACAAAAGUGUACUCAACCGCAGUUGAUAUGUGGUCGAUUGGGUGCAUUAUGGCUGAAUUAUUGUCUCUAAAACCUCUUUUCCGAGGGAAAAGUCAGAAUGACAUUGACCAGCUUCAACAGAUCUUUGCGGUUCUUGGGACACCAAGCGAGACAGUCUGGCCUGGAUUCACGUCGUUGCCAGGUGCCAAAGCCAAGUUUCGUAAGCAACCGUACAAUUUACUGCGUAAGAAAUUUCCUGCUGCAUCUUUUACAGGAGCUCCAGUUCUUUCAGAGUUGGGAUUUGAUUUGUUGAACAGAUUACUGAAUGUUGAUCCAGAGAAGCGCCUAACAGUUGAUGAGGCUCUUAGCCAUGGCUGGUUCAAUGAAGUACCUCUCCAGAAAUCAAAGGAGUUCAUGCCGACAUUUGCUUCAAAACGUAACUGAGAGAUCUAAACUAAUAUUUUCAGUAUCUUUGUUAAAUCAAUACUUUCUUGUCCUCAUAUUCCUUUGUGUUAUCUUCUUCACGAGGUAAAUACUAAAGGGUUUACCCGAAAAGUGGGAAGAGGACUUGCCAUCUGUAAGUUACUUCCACAACAUUUAUAGUUAACUUGUAGCUUUUUUUUUUCUGUUAUGCCUUGUCAUUUUUUACCAAGGUUGUUUCACUACAAAGAUAGUAUUGCGAGUCGACUGCAGUGUGAUCACCUUAACCGCAGUGUGUGUCACUGGUGACUGAUACCUGGAUCUGAAUGUUCCGGUUCAAAGGCUUUUGUUGGGUACGAUGAGCUAUUUGUAAUCACAAGCUUCCUCUAAUCGUAGCAUUCAGUCGUCAGAAUCACCAGUGCUUUUAUUCAUCACCACCGGAGUUAUCUCUUGCAUCAUUUUCUGAUUCUGGCAGUGUCGCUAACUCUAAUCCGUACGUCUCCUCUUUUGGAUUUGCAGAACUUGUGUAAGUUAGAUGUGUAAGUUAUGAUGUGACUCGAAUUAACUAGUAGUUACAUACAUACACCCUUUAGUAUGUGAGAUCUUAGUAUAUAUAUAUAUAUACAUCCGAAGUUGAUUUCAAAAGAUGAUGUUAUGUAUGCGUUGUAGAGUAGUUGUUCGAUAGAUAGUGAUUUUCUUUAAAAAUAAUGUGUUGAUUCAUCGAUUCUUUUUUUCUUUC